GUUGCUUGCUUUUGUUGCUGAUGUUGUUAUUGUUGUCGUCGUUGUUGUUGUUUUCGUUGUCCUCAACUGGCGUCGUCACUCAGGCGAUGGAAGUAGUACCUCUUCGCCAUAGAAGCCCCGCUUGGAGGCGUCGCACUGCAAGCGUCUCGCUCUUCAUCGCCGUCUUCGCGCUGAUCUAUUCGCUCCACUCGCUCAAUUUUUGCUAUGAAAUUUUAUUUUGCGCGUUGUUGUCAAUUCUAGGGCUACAAGCGAGAAUUUGAUUUCGAGUUGUAUGGAUCUUUGUUUCUCUAGCCUUUUGUUCACGAAUUGUGUUUUACAGCCGGUGAGUGACCAGCCGCUUGAAAUAUUCAAAGACGACGAUGAGAAGUACGAAUACAGAGCGACGUCAUUUUCUGCAGGUUUUCUUUCACCGUCAACCUUACAUACAGUCACAAUUGAAAGCACAGAGAAUGAUGCCAAUUGCUGGGCGACAUGCAGCCUAUCCCUGCAUGCAUGCAGUGAACCUGGCCGCAGGGAGUGUAUGCUUUUGUCAAAAAUGCCUGCAAAACCUUCACUGGCUUUUGAAGAUCUCAGAGAGGGAAAUUACACAUUUGCAGUAAAUUGUGAAGAAACAGGGACAUCAUGCUAUGCAGAGCCUCAAGAGUGGACUUUUCAAGUCGACCCACGAACCCUUGAAAGUGUAGUUUCGUUGAGAGAGAUACCACUGACGAAUUUCAAGCUUUUAAGAAGACACACAGGUCAAUGUUCCAAUCAUCAGGUUUGGAGAUCAAGAUUCACAUGUUUGGGAACACUGUACACACUCGUGGGUGUGGUACUCCUGUUAAUCUCUCGCAGAGAGAGGUUAGAUGAAGAACUAAUGUCUGCGCGCAUGUUGCAAGAUAUCAAAUGGAUGUUGCGAACUAGGGGCAAGUCGUGAUCUGGUUUCCAUGCCCAUUUUCUCUUACGAUCGUACUGAAGCAAGCGAAUAUCAGAGAUUUGCUGGGGACUAUUUUCAGCUACACCUUAAAGAAUUUUACCCUUAAACUCUGGUUGUUAUUAAAGACUACAGUGUAUUGGAAGACUCGGAUCGUACCUGAAGUUCUACAUGCCUCUAUUUCAUGGGAGAACAGUAAAUAUACAAGUUGAUUCCCGACUGAUGCAGUGACUAUUUUUUCACUUCAACUGGCGAUUAUCAUCAUUGGGGGUUAUGUGAUUUUUAAAAUUGAACAAUCUUAGAAACAUUUCAGUACCAUCAAACUGAAGGUUGUACAAA